CCGUGUUUCAGCAGAGAGGCGCGUGCAAUCGGGCCGGCCAGUAAUUUCAGGGCUGCGCCGCUCGUGAAGGCGGCGGCUGGUGUCGCCAUCUCUCCUGAAGCGGCCCAAGUCGAGACCUCGGUCUUGGCGUCAUCAUGGCCACCCCAUCCGCGUUAUCCUCCCACCGCCAGCACCCUAGUUGAACCCCAGACUUCGCCAUUGCGCCCGACCCGCUAGUAUUUCCCGCAGCCUCUGUCACUUCACUCGAAUGCGACCCUGAGCCUCGAAUCCUCGCCCCAUCCGCUGACCGCCGACAAUGCACAUUUCGAAUCGCAAGACCUUGCACAACGACUCCGCGUCGGUCUGUACCUUAUAACAGCACACCCCAGCCCUCGAGCUCGAGCACCGCCCGCCUGUCAUUUACCGCAAGAGAAUCCACCGGCCAUUCGAGUGGACUCCCAGUGUGACUUCCCGUAGCGAGCCCAUUUGCCGAAAAAAGGACGACGCAUCGCGACAUGUUUGGCCCGUGGCUUGUCAUCUUCGGAUGGCUGAAGCAGCACAUACCAAUGCGAUGGUCGGCCUUUAAGCCUCGCCUGAACUUCAUCACUAUCCAUUACAUGUACAUCGUCUCCAUGGCGCUCAUCGGCUCCGUCAUCCUCUACCCGGCCAAGGACAUGGCAUAUAUUGACGCAUUGUUCUUUGCCAGCGGUGGAGCGACUCAGAGUGGCCUGAACACCAUCGACCUCAACAGAUUGCGACUGUACCAGCAGGUCGUGCUCAUGCUACUCGCUUCUGUUUGCAACCCUAUCUUUAUAAAUACGUUCGUUGUUUUUAUCCGGCUCUACUGGUUCGAGAGACGGUUUCAGAAUGUCGUGCUCGAGGCGCGCAGUAUGCGACGAUCAAGGACUCGGUCCGUCGCCAAGAGCGAAGGGAAGCCCGACCUUGAGCGAGACAUUGGCAGAGAAGAGAACGGAGUAGGAAAUCGAGAGAUUAGAGUGUUGAGGGCUGCCGAUGGUCACGUCAAAGGCACUAGGAUCGAUGACGAGGAAGCGUUCCACGAGGGAGACAUCGCUAUAGAGGAUUCGGAUGAUGAGAGCGGCAGUGCGUCUACCCCCAGGAAAGAGAAGGAGCCUGCACCGGGAGAUGCCUCACCCAAGACCGACUAUUCCGAGAUGGUCUUACAUCGAAACAUUACCUUUGCAGACGAGGUUACGAACCCUCAAGAGCGGUUGCCUCAGAAGAACAAGGAGACGAGCAUCGCUUUCGUAGAGAACCAACGCAACCCGAAAGAUGCAACCACCUUUCGCAUUCCCGGUCCCCGAGACUAUGAUCUAGGCUUUGUUCCAGAGCGAAUCGAAGAAGGUACAGAACUAGACAGGCCGAUGACGAAUACUUCCCACGAUGGAGACUGUGGAGAACGUUUGCAGGCGAAACGCUCUCGGUCGGCUUCCAGACCUCCGGCACAGGAGAUGAAUGGUGAUGACCAUCCUUUCAAGACUCACAUCACCAUUGACGUUCCGGACGUACGUCGCCGCCCCAACGCGGGACCUUCUGCAUACAACUUCAACCGGACAAGACGGCGGUCUGAUGUGUCUGAGGAGGAGCCGCCUCCAAGUGGUCUCCACGUGCCAAACCGAUCCAGAUCAAGGACAUUCAGCAGCUUCCUUACGCGCGACAAGGAGGAAGAGGAUCCAAUGCCGUACCUGAGUUGGACCCCAACCGUGGGGAGAAAUUCUGCCUUCGUGGAUCUGACUGAAGAACAAAGAGAGGAGCUCGGCGGCAUUGAAUAUCGAGCUCUCAAGCUGCUGGCUGUCGUUCUUGUGUGCUACUUUGUAGGAUUUCACCUACUAGGCAUGAUAUGCCUGCUUCCAUGGAUUGUGAACGACGCAAAAUACUCCGCUAAACUUCGCGAUGUUGGCGUGAGCCCUGUGUGGUGGGGCUUUUUCACGCCGGCUUCCAUGUUCAACGACCUGGGAUUUACCCUCAAUCCCGAUUCUAUGGUCAUGUUCCAGCUAUGCGUCCUACCACUCCUGCUGGGGACAUUCCUCAUCAUCAUCGGAAACACGGGUUUCCCUUGUAUGCUUCGGUUCAUCAUCUGGCUCGCUUCCAAAUGCGUGCCGUACCGAAGCGGCGUUUGGGAAGAAUUCAAAUUUCUCCUCGAUCACCCACGUCGCUGCUUCACACUGUUAUUUCCAAGCAGCGCUAAUUGGUGGUUAUUUUGGGUACUCAUUCUCCUCAACGGUAUCGACUUAAUUUUUUUUAUUGUUUUAGAUCUCAACGCCCCAGCUGUCGAAGGCUUGCCCGGAGGCUUCCGGUUCCUUGAUGGCCUCUUCCAGGCUGCCUCAACUCGCACUGCAGGCUUCGCCGUCGUCAGUCUCUCUGACCUGCAUCCCGCCAUCCAGGUAUCGUACCUGAUCAUGAUGUACAUUUCAGUCUUUCCAAUCGCUAUCUCCAUGCGUAAGACCAAUGUGUACGAAGAAAAGUCCCUUGGGAUUUGGUCCGGUGAUGAAGACGAGAACACUGGACAUAGCUACUUCGGCACCCACGUACGUCGCCAAUUGUCCUUCGACUUGUGGUACGUCUUCUUGGGCUUCUUCAUCAUCGCGAUCGUGGAAGGCUCUCGCUUGCAAAACACCAACGAAUACGCCUUUACCCUCUUCUCCGUCCUUUUCGAAAUCGUCUCUGCCUACGGCACUGUCGGCCUCUCCCUCGGCUACCCCGGCACAAACGCCUCCUUCUCCGGCCAAUUUAAGCCCCUGUCCAAACUCAUCAUCAUCGCCAUGCAGAUCCGUGGCCGCCACCGCGGACUGCCGUACGCCCUCGACCGCGCCAUCCUGCUACCCUCAGAGUCCUUGCACAAGAAAGAGGACGAGGACGCCAUGAGACGUGCGAGAAGGGGGAGUAAUGUUAGUGAUUUGGGCGAUGGCGGGCUGAGUCGGACGGGGACAGGGCUGAGUAGGAGGAGCACGGCGAGCGAAAAUGGGGGUGGGUUCAGGGGCAAGUUGAGGCCAGCGGAUGUGGGGAGGUUUUUUGCGGGGGCGUUGAAUGCGGGGCCGAGCAUUCCGCGAGAGAAGAGGGCAUAGACAUGAAUCUCUAUCUAUCUGAUUAGCGAAAGGUGUUUGGCGUUGUGCCGUCUGGCUGGGUGGCUGGAUGGUGUCGGUCUGGUAUCUGUAUAGAUUCUGGUGGUUGAACGUAUAUAUCGGUGGGCUACGGCAUAUGGAAUAACGUUUAUGUGCAAACCCUACCAAAUCAUUCAGUGCACGUUUACACGUCGCAGGUAUCAUUCUCCAUCCCGUCUAUCGUUU